ACCAAGAUUGAUUUCCCUCGCAGCUCUGGAGGCCAGAAGUCUGAGAUGAAGGUGCGGGCCGGGCCAUGUUCCCUCUGAAGGCCCCGAGGGAGGCUCCGUCCUGCCUCUUCCAGCUGCUGGGGGCCGGUGAGCCCCGCCUUUCUUCAUGUAACCACGUCGCCUCAGCCUCUGCCUCUAUCUGCACGUGGCCGUCUCCGUGCGGCCGUGUUCAGUCCCUGCAUUAGGGCCACCACAGCGACCUCAUCUCCACUUGCUUCCAUCUGCAAAGACACAAACAAGGUCCUGUGCUCAGUCCCAGGAGGACGUGACUAGGGGAACACUGUUCAGCCCAGAACUUGGCUGCUCCGGCGGCGGCGGCUGCUUCUCUGCACAGCUUGUUGCAUCCAAACGUUUAGAGUCACCGUGGCCGGCCUGCGGGGUAAAUGGAGGCACGGUGAGGCCGAGCCUGCCCAAGGUGGUGGCACAAGGCAGCCGGCCAGCCUGCCCCGGGGGAAGCUCACGCAGCUCGUGGCGGGACUUCCUGCUCAGCGCCGUGAAGGUCACUGCGGCCGAGGCCCCUCCAAGUUGGCCCAGGCACCCAGGAAACCUGUGUGAAAGGUCUUGUACUAAAAAAAGACCUGUCCGUAGACUGCAGCUCCAGAUUCCAGAACAGCCUCCCCCGAUGUCACCAUCUGGCGCCCUUUAGAGCUUUGGCAGGAAACUGCAGGGACCACAGACAUGAGCAGAAGCGGCUGUCAAGUCCUGGGAGUAUUACCUCUUCUGGGCUCAAGAUGGACAACAAGAAGCGCCUGGCCUACGCCAUCAUCCAGUUCCUGCACGACCAGCUCCGGCACGGGGGCCUCUCAUCCGACACGCAGGAGAGCUUGGAAGUCGCCAUCCAGUGCCUGGAGACUGCAUUUGGGGUGACGGUGGAAGACAGCGAUCUCGCGCUCCCUCAGACUCUGCCAGAGAUAUUUGAAGCGGCUGCCACGGGCAAGGAGGUGCCGCAGGACUUGAGGAGCCCUGCGCGAACCCCACCUUCUGAGGAGGACUCAGCAGAGGCAGAGCGCCUCAAAACCGAAGGAAACGAGCAGAUGAAAGUGGAAAACUUUGAAGCAGCCGUGCAUUUCUACGGAAAAGCCAUCGAGCUCAACCCAGCCAACGCCGUCUAUUUCUGCAACAGAGCCGCGGCCUACAGCAAACUCGGCAACUACGCAGGCGCGGUGCAGGACUGUGAGCGGGCCAUCUGCAUCGACCCCGCCUACAGCAAGGCGUACGGCAGGAUGGGCCUGGCGCUCUCCAGCCUGAACAAGCACGUGGAGGCCGUGGCCUACUACAAGAAGGCCCUGGAGCUGGACCCUGACAACGAGACGUACAAGUCCAACCUCAAGAUAGCGGAGCUGAAGCUGCGGGAGGCCCCCAGCCCCACGGGAGGCGUGGGCAGCUUCGACAUCGCCGGCCUGCUGAACAACCCCGGCUUCAUGAGCAUGGCUUCAAACCUAAUGAACAACCCCCAGAUUCAGCAGCUCAUGUCCGGCAUGAUUUCGGGUGGCAGCAACCCCUUGGGCACUCCCGGCACCAGCCCUUCGCAGAACGACCUGGCCAGCCUCAUCCAGGCGGGUCAGCAGUUUGCCCAGCAGAUGCAGCAGCAGAACCCAGAGUUGAUAGAGCAGCUCAGGAGCCAGAUCCGGAGUCGGACGCCCAGCGCCAGCAACGACGACCAGCAGGAGUGACGCCGCCCGCUCCCGGUGUGAUCGCGUCCUUCCCUGGCUGACUGGAAGCCUCUGGUUGUCUGCCGUUUCCUCCUGUUGGACUGCCUGAGAGAGGGGAAGAGAGAGACCUCGGACCUGCAUGUCAAGAUGGAUUUUCCCCUUUUAUCUCUGUCCUCCUCCACUCCCUUUUUGUAAAUCCCUGACAGCCCCGCACCCUUCUUGAAAUGAGAGCCAGCAAGCUGAGCCCAGACCAGCAGCGACCUACCUUCCAGCCCCCAGAAAGCUCAGUCACCUGAGUGUUUUCUAGAAUUCUGGGGGACUCCCAGGCCGCUCUCGGAGAAGCGACCGGUUUCACGUUCAGCCGUGUGGCUUCCAAAGCCUUUUACAGCCCCCGCCCCCCAUCCCGUGGUGUGUCUGCAGGAACUCUCCCGUCCGUGCGAAGCCGCUUUCCGAGUCGACCUCCCGGCCACCCUGGCCCCGUGCCUGCUCGGAAGAGCUCACUGCCAGCCGCGGCCUGCGCGCCGUGGGCCAUGUGUGUUUGCAUGAGGAACUCUUUAGUGGCAGACACCUCAGAGACGGCUGCGGUCACCCCCGCCUCCGCGGCCCAGGAGCUGUCCUGGGUGCAUAGGACCAGUUUCUGUGACUUUUCUCCGGUUGGGCGUGUUGACAGACAUGCGUUUCCCCUCCUCCCACCCUCAUUUUCUGGUCCUCACGACUGAGAACCAGGGGCAACAUCAUGACCACCUGUCCCGGCCACCUUAGCCCCGGGCACAGGGAAGGCAGCUGGGCCGUUUCUGUCUGUCCCGUCCUGCUGUCUUUCUGGGUGUUUCACGGACCCAGGGCCCCCCAGGAAGCUUACCCCUCCCAUUCUGGGUGGAGGCCACGGGCACCUCAGGUGCCACCCACCUUGGCCCUAAAACAGCCACCAGGAAAGCAGCCAGAUAGCCGGACAGCAGGGGGCCUUUCUCCGUUCCUGAGGCCUGGGGGUGGCAGGCGAGCCCAUGCGCCGUGGUCCCGGCCGCAGGGUUGUCAGUCGGAGCGUCCUGGGGCUCCCUGGCUCUUGGCCGUCUGUGAGGUAGGCGCAGUACCGUGUGUCGUAGGUAACAGUAGGAACGGGGGCCGCCGCGGCCCUGCAGCCCCUCACGGCGGUGAGGCGUGUGCCGAGCCCACCCGGGGUGCAGGGCGUGACAUGUGAGGAAUAAAUAGGCAUUGUGACCUC